AUGUCUGCACCAAAGCAGCUGUCACGUAUGGUGGAUAGCCUUCCCCAACGUCUUGUCAAUUUCUUUGCUCGCUACCCUCCUCAAAUCCACUCCGCAGCCGUCCGUCGCCCUGCCCCUGCAAAUGGAGAGGGAUAUGUACCACCGAAGGUAGAAUCGCCGUACACGCCCGAUCGUGAUGCCAAGGGUACUAUUGGAGAGAAAAAGCAUGGGUGGACCCCUUCGCGUGCACUACUCGUUACCAGUGACACAAUUCGCAACCCAUUCCUUCCGCACAAGCGAUUCGGCAAAUGGGAAGCACCGAAAUAUGGCCUGCGGCAACAGGCUGAUUUGAUGAAGCUGGCUAUCAAAUACAAUGUGGAUCAACUUCUUCCUCCUAGUCGCAAAUCAGUGGAAUUCAAGGAGACACGUCGCGCAGAGCGCGGUUUGCAGGUCAAGGGAACCGGUGUUGGUCAAAAGGUCAAGGGUCACAAAUGGGAGCGCACCAUGGAAUCACGUCUCGAGGAUCGUCGCAAAGCGAUGGAGGGAAUGCCGGAGAUGGUCCGCUUGUGGAAGCAGAGAGGUCAUGGCCGUGGCUGGAGACAAUGGCCCAAGCGGUAA